AUUUAAACUCGCACAUGACCCCCAGCUGACACCACAGUUCUCCCAGGCCCUGCGCCGCCUUCCACCGAGCUACAAACCUGACACGUACCGGUCCUUCCUGGCCACGUACGGCACCCACUAUCUGAGCCUGGCAGCACUGGGUGGGCGCGUGCGGCACCUGACAGCCAUCCCGACCUGCCGGGCAGUGCUGGACGGGCUGACAGACGCUGAAAUCAGGGAGAAUCUGGGCUCCAAAUUCUUGGAAGACCUGGGAUUGAACCCAUUGCCCUCGGGUUCCCACAUACACAAGCCCAGCUGCCAGAGCAGCCUGAGCUCCCCGGUGCCCUACAUGGAGAAGCGCGUCGAGGUGACGGGGGGGAGCAGCCACACCCAGGAACUCUUCUCCACCACCCAGAACACCACGACAUUCACAGCCUGGCUGGAGAGCCUCAAAGCCAGCCCCAGCCUGGUCUCCUACUCCCUGGAGCCCAUCCACACCCUGGUGGGGCCGGGAGACCCCCGGCAGGAGGCGCUGAGGCAGGCAGUGAAGGAGUACGUGGCUGAGCGGGGGCAGAAGAGGAAUUGCCCCAGUCACUGCCCAAAAGGUGGCAACUUUGACUCUUUGGACCCCUGCAAAUGCUCUUGCUCUGGGAACCCGCUCGCUGACUCCAGGUGCUGCUCAAAGCAGCGGGGCCGGGCCCGGCUCAAGGUCCAGGUGCUGUCGGGCACAGGCCUGCAGGGGGAUCCCGCCUCUGGGACUGAUGCCUAUGUCAAGGUCUUCUUCCAAGACAGAAAUAUGAAGACGGACACCAUUGACAACCGUAACGACCCGGUGUGGGACACAGAGCUGGACUUUGGGACGGUGACGCUGGAGGCACGGGUGACCCCCAAACUGACAGUGGAGGUGUGGGACAGCGAAUCUUGGCCAUGGACGGACCACUCUCUGGGAUCUUGCAAUACUGACCUGGAGACUAAUCGGGACAUUCCGUUGCCCUGCUACCUUGAAUACGGCCAGGUGAGGAUUUCCUACUCGCUGGAGUGCGGGCCCAACCUGCGUGGGAACGACUGCCAGGAGUACGUGCCUGCGAGGGGCUAG